AUGGAUGGCGGAUUUUUAGCAAGUGGAGAUUCAUUUCGCUGUAUUGCAAACAGUUAUAGAGUGGGUUGCUCAACUGUCGCAGAAAUUGUUGAUGAUGUUUGUGAUGUUAUUUGGACUACAUUACAACCCAUAUACAUGAAGCCUCCUACAGAAGAAAUGUGGAACUUAACAUCUGAAGAGUUUUAUAAUAUGUGGCAAUUCCCCAAUUGCCUCGGCAGUAUUGAUGGAAAACAUGUCACUAUCGUUUGUCCGCCUAAUUCAGGCAGCAAUUAUUUUUGCUACCUCAAAAAAUUUUCUGUCGUCCUUAUGGCAAUAGUAGGACCACACUACAAUUUUUUAUGUAUCGAUGUUGGAGGUUUUGGAAAAAAUAGCGACGGUGGAAUUUUCGAAAACUCUGUCACGGGAAGGAGGUUUAAUAAUGGGACUAUGAAUGUUCCAAGGCCUAAACUAUUGCCAAGAACUAAUGACGUCACACCUCAUGUGUUAAUAGGAGAUGAGGCAUUCCGAUUGCAAGCACAUGUAAUGAAACCAUUCAAUCAAAGAGUUUCUAGGGUUGAUAGAAGAAAGGAAGAAUACAAUAAGCGCCUAUGCCGAGCUAGACGCGUUGUUGAAAAUGCAUUUGGAUUACUGGCUCAAAAAUGGCGAAUAUAUUUCAAACCCAUGCACCUAAAAGUGUCUUCAGCUAAAAAAGUGAUAAAAGCAACAUGCGUACUCCAUAAUUAUUUACGCUCUAAAACUUGCAAUACCCCGUACUUGCAAAAUAUGUAUUUUACUACUCAACAAAAUAAUGCAAUGAACAAUGAAUAUCAAAAUUUUGAAACUUUGCAACUUUCAGGUGAUAGGGUACGUACACAAUUUGUCAACUUCUUUAAUGGCGGUAGUCGUAUUUAG